AUCUAGUCUACCGCAAUAAUAACAUAUUUUAUUAUCCCAUUUACUAAGCAUUAAAAUUGUGAAUGGCCUCUGAUCAUUUUCCGUUUUCAAACCAACACAAGGCAGAAUGAUUUGUUGGCGCAUACUGCAACUAAGCCUUCUUUACUCACUUUUAGGUAGCACCACAGCAAAAGAUAAAAUGUGUACAAAUGGUAUGAAGAAACACCCCACAAUUAAAUGUGGUAGAGAUGACCGAAGGUGUCCAAACACAUAUAUUUGCACAAGGAAAGAUAACUGGGCCUGUUGCGAGAUGAAAGGGGUUCCAGAUUGUGCCCCGUUGAUGAAAAUUGAUCAUGAACCACAUAAAUGUCAAGGCGGGGGAAGCAUAACAUGUCCUGCUGGAUAUACUUGCUUUAUACCCCAAGAUAGCCUAUUCAGCAUUUGUUGCAAGGAAGUGAGCUGCAUAGAUGAGAGUGGCAAGGAGCGUAGACUAAAACAUGGAUCUUGGAAAAGUACAUAUGAUGGAUGUAACAAAUGUAAAUGCACAGUAGAUGGCAACCUAGACUGCACUGAUAUGAAAAGAUGCCGAAAGUGCAAGCAAAGACGAGUUCGGGGAGACACAUACUGGGAAGGCUGUAACAAGUGUACCUGCAUAUCAAGGAAGGUGGAAAAUUGUGCUGGACCUUGUGAUCGUGUAGAAAAAGGAACAGCUAGUGGUAAAUCGCCAUGUGCUGGAGGUUGUACAAAGCAGGCAAGAGUUAGGCAAUGUCAAGGGGCACUAGACCAGAAUGGCAACCCAUGCAAUAUGAACCACGCAAUAGAAAUCAAUAUUUGUGAACAACAGGAGUGUCCUGAAGCAGGAAAGCGUAAAUCAGAAGCAACUGGAAUUAUAAUUGGUGGAAAUGAAGUGAAACCCAAACAUAACUAUCCUUGGAUGGUGUAUUUACCAGAUCUAAAAUGUGGGGGAACUAUACUGAGUCCUUGGCACAUAUUAACUGCUGCCCAUUGUUUUGACUAUCAACGUGAUCCUGUUAGAGUUCUGGCUGGAAAGCAUAACCGUUCUAAUGAUGAACCACUUCAACAAAUGAGAAUUGCAACCAAAGUCCUUGUGCAUGAAGAUUACAAUCUUGAUAUAAAGUAUAAUAACGAUAUUGCAAUACUGACACUUGAAGAGCCACUGGAAUAUAACAACCACACUAAACCAAAUGAGCUUCCGACUGGCGAAAAGAUUCGGAACAUUGACCUUAAGAAUAUGGAAUGUACCGUGAUAGGCUGGGGCAGAACAAAUUAUUCAGAUGAACAUAGUAAUUCUGAUAUAUUGUUAGAAGUUAAUGUACAGAUGACACAGGAAACAUGUGAUUUAGAUGCAUCUGAUAGCGCGGAUGUGAGGAGGAGUGGAAAUAUGAUUUGUGCUAAAUUACCUAAGAAGGACUCGUGUUAUGGAGAUUCAGGAGGACCUCUCUCCUGCAGAGAUGGAAGAACAGAGACGUGGAGACAAUAUGGAAUAGUGAGCUGGGGCCCCGAAAGAUCCUGUGGGGAAAAAUCUGGUGUGUAUACCAAGGUGACCAAUUACUUAAAAUGGAUAGAGGAAGCCAUAUCAAUGAAUGGCAAUUGGGGAGACUGGAGUGAAUACACCCCUGUGGAGAAUGGCAAGAAAUCCAGAGUGAGGGUCUGUACAAAUCCACCCCCUAUUGGCAAAGGAACAUGUGAGCUUGAGAAUCCAAGUGAAACUAAUCAGAAACUUACUGUAAUAACUGGAGAAACUGUCAACAUAGAGAUAGUCAAUAUAGACUAAUUGAUGAUGCAUAGCGACAUAUGAAUCAAACAUUAUAUGCCCAUAACCAGAAAAGUUAUGUUUGAUCAGUCAGGAUGCAUACAAUUAUCAUGUUUUAUUAUGAUUAAUAAAACAUUUAUAUAUACUUGAAAGCAUUGUGUCUGAACUUUU